AUUAUUUCCAUUGUUGAAAACGCUCAUUACCUGCCAAUUGCAACAUCUUCGCCAUAAUUUUAUCAAGAAAUGGAAAAAAGAAGGUAAAGAAUGAGAUGUUUAUUCCAUUUUAUAGCAACUUUCGAGUAAGGAAGGAGCAGUAAAGGUCAAUUAAUCCAGGAAGCGCAUGCCAAGCAUACAAGAGAACCAUCAAGUCACAAAUUUGACGAGGAGAUAUGGUAGAGGUGCAAGCGGGUGGUGGCAACACCACGGGAGGUGGAGGCCGCCAUGAGGUCCUCCAAUUUGCCUUACAUGUGGUUCGAGGUCGAUGGUUCUCACUUUUUGCCUCUUUCCUCAUCAUGGCUGGAGCAGGGGCUACUUACCUUUUCGGGACAUAUUCCAAGGAAAUAAAAGGCUCUCUAGGAUAUGAUCAGACCACGCUUAAUCUCUUGGGAUUCUUCAAGGAUCUUGGAGCUAAUGUUGGAGUUCUGUCCGGCCUGAUAGCCGAGGUAACUCCAACAUGGUUUGUGCUGCUAGUUGGCGCGGCCAUGAAUUUUACAGGUUACCUUAUGAUAUGGCUUGCUGUUGUUGGCAAGAUUUCAAAGCCAAAAGUUUGGAAAAUGUGCAUAUACAUAUGCCUUGGAGCCAAUUCUCAGAAUUUUGCAAAUACAGGAGCUCUUGUGACCUCUAUUAGGAACUUCCCCGAGAGUAGAGGUAACAUGAUAGGCCUUUUAAAAGGAUUUACAGGGCUAAGUGGAGCUAUAAUGACACAACUAUACUUAGCUGUCUAUGGAAAUGAUUCUCAAUCACUUAUACUCUUAAUUGCCUGGCUUCCGGCUGCACUAUCUGUAGUAUUUGUCUAUACUAUUCGAGAAAUGAAAGUCGUUAGGCAGCCAAAUCAGCAAACGGUUUUCUUCUAUUGCUUGAUAAUAUCAAUUGUGCUAGCAGUGUUUCUGAUGGUCAUGACACUGGUCGAGAAAGCUAUAGCUUUUUCCCAUGCUGCCUAUGUUGGAACAGCCACUGUGGCAUGUGCUUUACUUUUUCUCCCUCUUUUGGUAUUCAUUAGAGAAGAGUUGAUUCUCUGGCGUCAAAAGAAAUUGCUCCUGGGUCCUCCCAAAAUGGUUGCUGAGAAUCCGCCAGCAUCGGUGGAGAGCGAGCUGAAAGCAAUCCCCGAACUACCUCAAAUAUCAGAAACCAAGAAAGAAUUCAACUCGAAGAGCUCCUGGCUCACGGAUAUUUUCUUGAAUAAACCAGCUAGAGGGGAAGAUUAUACAAUCUUACAAGCACUCCUAAGUACUGAUAUGUUGAUUCUGUUUCUGGCUACAUUCUGCGGACUUGGAUCAAGCCUAACCGCAGUUGAUAACUUGGGUCAGAUAGGAGAAUCAUUAGGAUAUCCAACAACCACCAUUAAGUCCUUUGUGUCACUUCUCAGCAUAUGGAAUUUCUUUGGGAGAAUAUUUGCAGGAUUUGUGUCUGAAAGCCUACUUGUCAGGUUCAAGUUUCCUAGGCCCCUUAUGAUGACAUUAGUCCUCUUGCUCUCGUGCAUCGGCCUCCUUUUCAUCGCCUUCCCCUUCCCAGGUUCAGUGUACGUGGCAUCUUUAAUCAUCGGUUUCUCAUUUGGUGCACAGUUGCCAUUACUUUUUACAAUCAUUUCUGAGCUUUUUGGCCUGAAGUACUAUUCCACAUUAUUCAACUGUGGGCAAUUGGCUAGCCCUCUUGGAUCAUACAUCCUGAAUGUGAGAGUGACUGGACCUCUUUAUGAUAGAGAAGCAUUGAGGGAUCUUGAGAAAAAAGGCUUGACUAGAGCAUCUGUCAAAGAGUUGACUUGUAUGGGUAACCAAUGUUAUCGGUUGGCUUUCAUAAUCUUGGCUGGUGUCACAUUCUUUGGUGCUCUAGCUUCAUUGAUUUUGGUUGCAAGAACUCGACAAUUUUACAAAGGGGAUAUAUACAAGAAGUUUAGAGAGCAAGCAGAGGCAGCAGAUACAGAAAUGGCUUCACCAAACAGUACUAAGACACGGUGAGAAAUCAAAGAAAUUGGGAAAAAAGCAUAAUUAAGUCACAGAAAAACACAAAUAGCACCCUAACAUGAGGGACAAACAAAAACAAUGUUGGCCUUAUUUUGA